AACAACAAUUGUGAACCGCUUAAAACUUUACGAGCGACUCAUGUUAAUGUUUUUAAAGGGAUUUAUGUUCGUAUAACGUUACUUUGACUUUUACUUGAGCAAUGGCAAAUAACAGCAUCCCCGUAAUGAAGUUUGAUGCAUCCAAGGGAACAUGUCGGCGUAACUUAUCUACUCUGCAACCAGUUAUAGGGAAGAAUAGACCAUUCAAAAAAUUCAGAAAUGCUCAAGAACCAUUCAAAUCCUUCAGGUAUAGAAAUCCUGAAAACCUGCAUGUGAUCUAUUCAUUCGACCAGCCUCCCAUGCAGCAACCUGUCUUACAGCAGAUCCCCUUGUUAGAAUCAACUGGAGAGUCGCCCGUUGUGAAGGAAUCCUUUUCUAACAAUCCUGGAGCAAAACUGCAGCGCAAAUAUGCUUCUGCGAAAAUGCGUAAGCGCCGGGAAAGGCGUCGCAAUAGGCGGUAUCGGGGUCAGAGGAACACAAAUUAUAAAUGGUUCAAUACUGACUAUAAAGUUCCCGAUUUGAAGGAAUCGGUCGAGGAGUUCGAAGACGUUCCCAUGGACGAGGGGGAUUUCGAAGAAGUUGAGGUAGCAUCUAUGGAAGACAACAAAGACGAGUCAAAAAAUCCAAAAAUACCUGUGGGUUUUCGCAGGUAUAUGUUGAAGUAUCUGACUUACAAGAAAAAAUCAUUUUUCAAACCAAAAUUUUAUCACUUGUGCCAUCAGCGAACUAUUGUAAAUCGCCAUAAUUUGCAAGAGGAUGAACCAGUGGAAGUGGACAUUGUUUCCGAAGCAGAAUAUGAGGCAGAGAACUCUUGCACAGAAAAAAAUGAUGCUGACUCUGAACAAGCUGGAGAGAUGACAAUUUUUGAGGUGGCCGAUGACGAUUUAACAGAAAUUGAGACAUGUGAUGAGGCAAGUCCAGAGCCAGUAGAAGAGGAGAAGGUUCAGAAAUUUGAAGGAUCUGGAGUAUCAUGUCUUCCUCACGUAUACAACAAGACAACUGUGAGUCAGGAUUCAAAUUCUGAUUGUUAUCAAGGACCCUCCUUAAUUCAAGAAUUAUUAGAUGCCUGGAAUUCCCAUCUCAUUGGUUUAGAGUAUGUAUUGGAGAUUAGAGAAAAGAAAGGAAUUUCCAAAGCAGAAAGUUAUUACUGUGUUCUAUGCAGUGAAGACUGUUCUGCCAAAGAUACCAUCGGAGUCGUGGAUCAUGUCAUGUGUAUAUCACACAUCGUUAAGUAUUUGGACAGGCAUUUUGCGUCUCGUGGUUACAAAUUCUCUGACAGUAAUUGUAGUGAAAUUUUGCUCCAAAGAUAUUGCGAAGAAAUUAACCGUGCUUUAGGAUACAAUUUCAUGUGCAUCACUCAUAAAGAUUAUUUUAAGAAGCACAAGAAGAAUGUAAAAGACUAUAUUGAAAAAUUGCCCCAUGCAAAUAAUAUAGGAUUUGGACUAAGUUUUUCUUCGUAUGUGGAUGUCCCUUCAGAUAGCAUUGAUUUUGUCAAUGAAAUGCUUACAUACAUUGUUAAUGAGACAUCAGAUAUGGUAAAAUCCACUAAAAUUUGUCAAUUAGUCCCCUCUGUUUAUUCUGACAGAAAGGUGGCAAAAAAAGUUGUCCCUCUCAGUGAAAAAAGUGUCGCAAAAGAGAGAAUAGAUGUUAAGGAACUAGAUAAAAUUAAUACCUCUGCUGUUCUUAAAGCAGCUGAAAAUACUGAGGGCAAAGAAAUUUCCAAUGCAAAUACAGAACGCAGAAAUAGACCUCCUCGUUUAGAGGCCAGCAAAUUGCGUUCUUACCUCCUUUUGAAAAGAGCUGAUAACCGUAAACAAAAGGAAACAACAAAAGAUGGUGGGCCAGGCCAAAGUGCUCAGAAGCCAGUCACUCAAUCUACCUCUAAAGAAUUAGAGGCAAAGGGGGAUACAACUAAAGUUGUGGCAACAAAUUUGGUGGUGGAAACAUCCUGUACAAAGCUCCAGGAAACUCAGUCUUUGAAAAAAACUAGUAGUCAAGCAGCUGAAAAAGUGGUAAGUCAGGUGCCUCAAAAUAAAUCAGUGAGUCUAGCUGCUCAAAAUAAAUCAGUGAGUCUAGCUGCUCAAAAUAAAUCAAUGAGUCAAGCUCUUAAGAAUAAAUCAGUGAGUCAAGCAGCUCAAAAUGAAUCAGUGAGUCAAGCUCUUAAGAAUAAAUCUGUGAGUCAAGCUCUAAAGAAUAAAUCAGUGAGUCAAGCUCUUAAGAAAAAAUCAGUGAGUCAAGCUCUUAAGAAUAAAUCGGUAAGUCAAGCUCUGAAGAAUAAAUCUGUGAAUCAAGCUCUUAAGAAUAAAACAGUGAGUCAAGCUCUUAAAAGUAAAUCAUUGAACCAAACUGUUAAGAAGUCAGUAAGUCUAGCUGCUCGGAACGAACUAGUAAGUAAAGCUACUCCCGAUAAACCAGUGAGACCCUUGACUCAGAAAAAGUUAGUCAUUCCAUCAGCUCAAAAUAAAUCAGGAAGUCAAGCUGUUACGAAGAAGCCAGUAAGUCUAGCUGCUCAGAACAAACUAGUGAGUAAAGCUACUCUCGAUAAACCAGGUAAACCAGUGACUCCAUCGAAACAGAAAAAUCUGGUCAUUCCAUCAACUCAAAAUAAAUCAGGAAGUCAAGCUACUCAGAAUAAUUCCAUGCAACAUUCAGCACCUGGUGCUGUGCUGAAGGACAAACCAGCUGUGGGAGCUCAGAAGAAAAAUAUUACUGGAGUGGGUGGAAAAAACAGUACACCAAAAAUGACUAAAGAAAAAAUCGUGCCUCAGAUAGCGGGCAAAAAAGCCAUUUCUCCGAAAAAACCUUUAGUGCGGAUAGCUCCAACAAAAACUGUGCAUCAAGUGGUGCAAGUUCCAUCAUCAGCUCAACUCAAGCCUGCUCAAAAGUGUGACAACGAUGAAGUGGUGGUGUUGAAAGAGAUUGUGGCAGGCCAAUCGCGACCGAAAGAGCGAGUUGUCCCCUCCGAAGGACCAGUGCUGGAAGACAAAUCUGUCAAAGUCAAGCCUCAACAAAAGACACUGCAUUCAAAGCAUUGUUUGAAAAGGGUUCUUGGAAAGUCUUCCCAAUCAAGAAUUGAAAAUUCUUCAAACUUGAAAGGUAUUGAUAAGUCCUCCAUUAAAGUUACUGUUGAAAAUGAGAAAGCUAAGCAUCCGCAAAAAAAAGUCAUUAAAAAUGAAGAUGGUGUGGUAAAAGUUAAAGUAGAUAACUCAAAAUCAGAUUCCAAAGUCUCUCGAAACAGGCAGAGUCCUAAACGAAUUGUGUCAAAGCGUUCAACAAGACGAAGUUCUCAUUCACCAUUGAGAAGGCUAUCAGAUAGUCCUCCCAGCAAGAGUUCACGUAGUCCUAGUUUCCUGUCUAAGAACUCAAGUCUGGAACGAAGACUAUCAAGAAGUCCAGUAAGAUAUAAAAGUCCUUUACGACUGCCUUUUUUCAGACAACAGUCUAGAAGCCCCGUGAGGCAUUCUUUCAGAUCUUUGAGAAGUCCACACAAAAAAGGCACAAGGAGCCCUCACAGGAGACACUCGAGGAGUCCUCGAAGAAGAGUUUCUAGGAGUCCUCGUAGAAGACUUUCUAGAAGUCCUCGAAGAAGAACUUCUAGGAGUCCUCGUAGGAGACGAUCCCGAACACCUCCUCGUCAUUCAAGAAGUCCUAUCAGAAGGCAUUCAAGGAGUCCCAGGAGACAUUCCAGGAGCCCUCAUAGAAGACAGUCAAGUCCUCGUCGAAAGUUUUCCAGAAGUCCGCUCAGAAUCUCUCCUAGAAGUCCUCCAAAACAUCUAUUUAAAGACUCUUCUUUACAUAGGAAAUCUAGGAGCCCACCUAGCAUGCGUUCUAGGAGUCCUUUUUGGAAUCUUUCUCAGAAUCCAGUUCGUUCAAGGAUCUCUACAAGCCCUAGCAGAAAAUUUGAUACAACUUAUGAUUCUAAAAGUUCAAGUAAAAAACAUUUAGAAAACAUUAGAGGCCCCAGUCCUAUGCAUGGAAAAUAUUCAGGUAGUUCACAUAGUAAGAAGUACAGUGACAACAGUGCUGGAGCUUCGUCAAGUAAAGUUCGUCAUAACUAUAGUCCUCUGAAUUUCAAGGGACAGUUAUCUAAACAUCGAGCUGGAAGUGACCUGGAUCCAGUCAGUGACGAAGAUGAAUCAGUUUAUUUCAACAUUGCUGAAAAAAGAGCACUACCACAAGCUACUUCGCAAGCUAUACUUCUCCAAGUUUUGCAAAAAUUAUCUAUGCCCAACCUUAAUCUUAAUGAUCCUCUCGUACAGAAGUAUAUUAAAUUCGCAGCAUCUCAUCCCACUGAGCUAAACGAGAUGAUCUUGAGUCGAGAUGCAGCUCCCUCCUUCCGUGAACCACAAUUUAGGAAUUUAAUGCCAGAAUCUAAUACAACCUUUCCUCAGCAUCAUCCACCCAACCUUGCCCCUAGCCAUUCAAUGCACCCUUCAGCCGUACUGGCGGGUAGCAAUAUUCCAUUCUUGAAUAGCCCCAUGCAGCCAACUUCUCAGCAGUCAGUUGAAGGCCCCCAUUAUUCUCCAUUGAGCAAUAUAAAUAAAUCCUCCUUUGAGAAUCCCCUCUCUGGAAGAGCAUCGUUUCCUGGCUUUGGGCCCCCUGUAAAUCAGUUUGACCCUCUAUUUAGAGGCCGGGCACAAGUGCCUGCAGAAGUCAUGUUCAGAGAUUUAAAAGCCAAAGUAAACAAGUUGUUCGGACCCAAAAAGGAUGAACCUGAACCUGAAAAACCUAUGAAAACAAUUCCUGAUCAGGCUCCCGCAGUCUGGGCCGGCCCUCAAAAUUUUUCUCCCAAAAAUAUUUUCCAACAGAAAGAAGGUACCCAUUUCUCUGAUGGUCCCCCCAUCUCAGCUCAUGAGCCCCAAUUCUUUCCCAACCCGCCUCAUGUCCCUCCUCCAGAUGCGAAAGUGAUGUUUUGUGAGGCACCUCGUGCACCAAAUCGGUCUCUGUUUCCCGUGGUUGGCCAAGAUUUCAAUAGCAGCCAACCACGAGGAAAAGCAGUUGCAGAUCGCAAGUAUUCUCUCGCUCAACGUCUUGCUUCCAUUCUUAUCAAGGUUGGCAUGAUAGAUGUUCCUGCUCCACUCUUGCAAGAGAUGCUUAUGAAGAUUGGAGCAUUCAGCUCUUGCCCUCCCCAGGAUAUUCCCGAAGGGGAGAUUGUCAGCAUCUUGAAGAAACUCGGUUAUCUUAGUCAUUGAGACUAAAGUUCUUUAUGGGGCCGAUUGUGAUUCAUCAGACUGAGAAAGUGCUGCUCACUGAUGUAAUGUAAUUUUUAUGAGCAGAUUUUUUUUCCUUUUUUUGCGAUAACUUAUCUGACUUGUAAUACAGUACUUUCUUGGGAUAAAAAGAAGUGUGCCGGAGCCACUGCAUGGUUUUUCCAGCGUCAUCGACUGACUCAUUCUUUUGUGAUUUGUGCUGGAUCAUCAUUACAUGUGAGCAAACAUCAGUGAUCUUGUUAUUUUUUCAUGUUCCAGUGCACAAUUUGGUUACCAGCUAAAACUACCGUUGAAUGUUGUCAACUGAACCGAUUCUCUUGUGGAGUGGACUGAGUGACCAUUAAGUGCAAGCAUGAUUGCUCAUCUGACUUAUAUGUACCAGUGCAAGAUUUGUAAUUAACUGCCACAAUAAUAAUCUGGUGUCAUCAUCUGGAAAAAAAUUUCUUGUAAUGAACUCAAUGACUAAGUCAUCUUGUGAUUUUAUGUUUCAGUGCACAAUCUGUAUUUGUGUCAUCUUGUGGACUCUUUAUAAUUUUGGUAAUGUUGAUAUGUACAGACUGUAACAUUUGUAAUUUUAUGAAUUGUUUGUUGCAUAUUUCUCAUAAGAAACUAAUACCUAAUAAUCUUGCAAUUAAAAGUAUUGAACCAAUAUGACAGGUGAUAUGUGUCCAUAUAUAUAUUGGUUAUUUUAUAUGUUGGAAGUGAAAAUUGUAUCACAAUGACUUAUCAAUAGACCUCUGGUGGCAAUGCUUGGUCCUUGUGACACCCCCCCCCCCUCUUUGCUCAAAUAAAUCGAUGGAAGUAAAUGUUAAUUUCUUGGGAUAUUUUCUCCAGAAAUUAUUAAAUUUCAUGUGUUAAUUUCAGAGUUUUGACAAGCAUUGUUUUUAAAAUCAACUUUUAUUAGACACAACUUUGGUGAUCCAAAUUUCGAAUAUUUUCAUUAAAUAAUGUGCUGAACCUUAAAAGAAGAACAUUUUAAGUCCAAUUCAUUUUUUACUGUUAUAUCUUGGUUUCUGAGGCAUCAGCUUCAGAAAGCUACUUGUAUCCUAUUUAAUUUGCGAAAACCUGUAGUAUUUUCAAAAAUAUUUUUUCACAUAUAAAAGAAGUUUAAAAACCUUCGUGCUGAAAAUAAAUUGAUAAUAACAACCGAGUAAUGAAGAUCAAAAUUGCAAAUUCUUGCAUACACAUGUUUUUUAUGAAGAACUCCUAUUUCCAUCUAUAAGCUCAAAUCUUCUAGAUUGAAACACUUCUUAAAAAUCUCAAAAUAUAACAAAGCUAUAGUUUUCUAUUUUUGUGCUUUCAAUGUUACUAUUAAUCUUUUGUAUUGAUGCUUUUUCUUUUAAAAUAUGAUCAAAAAAUGUUUGAGAUACAGGAGCAAAAAAAGAAAAUUUCCUUAGUGACUACCAUUAAAAGCUACAAUAUUUUCAUGAGUUCAUUUCCCCAUCUUAUUCUCUCUCUCUCUCGGUUUUUUUUUUUUUUUUUUUUUUUUUUUGGCACUAUGUAAGGCUGCUAAAUGCUGCAAUACAAUACUGUAAAAAGAAAUUCUCUUUUAAAGUGCAAUGUUUUACAUAUUGAAUGGGAUAAAAAGAAUAGAGUGUCAGCGUAGUUCAAAUAUUGCAAUUCAUUUAGCCAAAUCCAACUAAUUCUGAAACUAGGAUAGUAUGAGUUUUAAUAGUAACAUCAAAAAAUGUUGCUAUUACAAAAUUCCCUCUAGAGGCGCUGUUAAUCAAAGUGGUAGCUCUUCCAUGAAGGAAGAAGUUAGCCUUAAAUUCAUUGCGAUGCAAGUUCAUCGUCCCAUACAGUCUAGUUCUGUCAAAUUGAUCCGGAUUCUCUUUGAAAACCUCUAUUUGAUUUUUUUUAAAAGUAAAUUGCCUAUUAAGCAGUUUCAUUGUUAAUGACUUAAUACAUGAUGUACAGCUCAUAAUUAUUGCAACAUUGCUGGUUCAAAAUCAAAAUUUUAUAGUCAAAUUUGUAGCUUGACUGUUAUACUGAGUGUAUGUUUGUGUGUGCGCAUGCGCUUGUGUAUAAUUAAGAAAUGAAAUUUUGAAAAUUGUUUUGAUAAAUGUCCAGAUUUACUUCAAGUAGACAGUAUUAGAUUAAAUCAAGUUUGGAAUGUUUGUUUAUGGUUUUGUAAAAAGGUAAAGAAAAAAAAGCCUAAUAUUUCAAAGUGUUUUCUAUUACAUGUAAUCUAAGUAUUCAUUAGAAAACCUCCUAAGGAUUAAAUUUUCAAGUGAAGAUAAAUUUUUCAACUGAAAUAGAGACAUUUUUUGCUAUUGGCGGAAGCUAAUGACGAAUGUGAAAAGUAAGUGUUUGCUGGAUGGACUUUUCAAGGUUUUCAAUUCUUUGAAAUGAGUGGAUCUUCAAUCCUGUCUGCCUUAGAAAAAAAGCUUUUCAAAUGUUGAUGAACUUGAGUGAAAUACAGUCAUUUGCUAGAGCUCAAGAUAAAUCAUUGGAAAAGAAUUUGGACUCUUAUAAAUGAAAAUUUUUAGUUGAAAGGCACUUUCUAAAAUGACAGACUUUCGUUGUUGUUCUUUUUUUUUUCUUUUAUGUCUAUGUAAAAUGAAAAAAAAAAAAUCUGUAUGAUUUUUAGAAUUAUUUGUAUGUUUAUUUAGAAAUAAAAUGCAAUUUAAA